AUGGUCCUGGCAGAUAAACUCGACGUUCGUCGCAUUGCCAUCAUAGGUGCUGGCCCUAGCGGCCUUGCAGCUGCCAAAUAUCUUCUCGCAGAAAAGAAGUUUUCCAAAGUCCGCAUCUUUGAGCAACGCGCCACAGCAGGCGGCGUCUGGAACUACACACCUCUAGCCCGCGAACAGGGCUUCUCAGUUCCCAGAACCCAACCCAGUUAUGCGCCGGACCAAGCCCUUUGGCCCAAUGAGCAUGGAGACGUAGAGUUCAUGUCUCCUAUCUAUGACCUCCUGGAGACCAACAUUCCGCAUUCGCUCAUGAGUUACAGUGAUAAAGAGUUCCCACAGGGUUCAUCUUUGUUUCCUCGCCAUAGCGUUGUCCUACAGUACCUCAAAGACUACGCUCAGGAGAUCACUCCUCAUAUCUCAUAUCAAACUCAGGUCUUGAACAUUGAGAAGUCGAGGUCAGAUCGCUCACAGCCAUGGUUAGUUGAGGUGCUCGACCUGAAGUCCAACAAAGUUAUCAAAGAUGAGUAUGACGCUGUUGUGGUGGCAAGUGGACAUUACAAUGACCCUUUCAUCCCCGACAUCGCCGGGCUCAUUGAGUUCGAUAAGAAAUAUUCGGGGGUCAUUUCACACUCCAAAUUCUACCGAAGACCUAACGACUUUAAGGACAAGAAAGUCAUUGUUGUUGGUAACUCUGCAUCUGGCGUCGAUGUGAGCGCGCAACUUGCCAGUGUUGCAAAGCACCCCAUCUUUGUCUCGGAAAAGGAAAAAUCGACUGUGGUCGCCCCUGCAAAAGAGCCAUGGGCAACCGGUGUUCCUGAGAUCGUCGAGUUCCUCCCCGAGCAGCGCGGUGUCCGCUUCGCCAACGGCCAAAUCGAGAAUGACAUUGACGCUGUGAUCUUCUGUACUGGCUUCCAUUAUUCGUACCCUUUCCUCAAAUCUCUCGAUCCUCCUGUAGUUGUACCCGGUGGCGGACAUGCGGCACAUCUUUGGGAACACAUUCUCUACACUGCAGACCCAACCCUCUCGUUUCUCAGCGUUCCGCAAAGAAUCGUCCCUUUCCCCGUAGCCGAGGCACAGAGCGCUGUCAUUGCUCGUAUGUGGUCUGGCCGUUUGAGCCCCCCAUCUGAAGUUGCGAUGGAGGCAUGGGUGAAAGAUCAGCACGAGAAGAAAGGAGAAGGCAAGGCAAUUCAUGUCAUGGUUUGUCCUGAAGACGUCGACUACGUCAACCGCAUGCAUGAGCUAAGCAAGGAGGCACCAAGGGCUCCUGAAUUGGGUCUCGAGAAUGAAGGACAAGGCAAGUUACCUCCAUACUGGGGACUGGACAAGAGAUGGGUACGAGAGAGAGUGCCAAAGAUCAAGCUGAGGACCUUGGUUUCGAUUAUGAAGAGUGGAAGAGGACUGUCGAGGAAGGCGAAAAGCUCUUUUGAGUUGAACAUGAUUGGAUAG